GGUCAAAGGUAAGUCCUGGUCCAAUAAGGAAUCAUCGUCGGCCUGGAGGGCCGGGUGCGCCCCAUUGAUAGGCCUUUCUGGGGCUUCGGAGUCAUCGUCGGCCACCACCACGCGAAGUUUAUUAAACCGAGAAAGCCCCUGGUCGCCCACCUCGUCCGAGAAGUCAAAGGCGCUGGUGUCAUUUAAGAACAGCGGCGCGUCGUCCUUCCUCAGCAGAGAUUUGAGGCGCUUCCACGCGCCGGAGCCGGCCAUGGCAGAGGCUGAGCGGAACGGCUGGGUGCAGGCGGCCGGCCGGCAGCCCCUACUUCACGGGCGCGCCGGUUCCCGAGGGCAGUGCCGCGCGUACCUCCCCAUCCUGGGGCGCCGCCGCGGGGCCGCUGCUCAUCUCCCCGCCCCCGGCCGGCUCCGCGGGGCCGGCUCGCGCGGUUCCGAGCGGGGCCGUGCUCGCGCCUGCCGCGCCAGCCGCUCGAGACCAGCUCCCGGGUCCGACAGGCUCGGGGCCCGGCGCCGCGGCCGCCGCCUCUCUCCGCCCUGCGCGAGGCCGCGCGCGUGCGCCGGGAGAGGCGCGCGAGGGAGGGGUCGGCGCGAGGACACGCAGGCCCGCCGUGCAGCGCUGGGCGCCCGCGGGGGCGGGGCGGGACCGGCGCGCGCCGUGGCCCCUGCGCCUAGCGGCUCGCGCUGACAGGCUCCUGGUCCUUUGCGCUGCCUGAGCCCCGGCGGCCGUUCCCUGAGAGACCGCGCUCUGGCCGCCCUUCCACCUAUCCCGGAGGCUUGUGCGCACGGCGCUGGGGUCCGCAGGCCAAGAGGGUGGGUUCGAAAGAUCCUGCCCGGAGCUGGGCGUUCCUACCUAAAAUAUAUCUCAGGAGUCUCUGCUCCGAUCUUGUCGUGGAUGCUCCCCGGAAAACGAAUUUAGUGCUCUCUUAUUGGGUGGGAAGCCAAGCAGCUUUCCUCUCCUCGAGUUGCUCCCUUUCUGGCAAAUUGAC